CUCCAGUGCUCAGCCGAUAAGGAAGCGUAGUCAGUUGUACUUGAAAUAUGGUGCUAUUAACCGUAUGUCAACUGGUAGGUCUAUGUGCUGUAGCAUUUAGUUGGCCUAUAUCCAAGCCAUCAAUGUCUGCUUCACCAACCGAUGUAUUUGAAAAAGUCCCUUCGCCAAACAUCGCUACUGGUACUGAUCUUAAAUUAAAGUGUUUCGAUUCAGGAGGGCCAUCAAAUGUUACCGUCACACACAAGAACAUGAUAAUUGAAAAUUACAAUCAAGUCCAAAACAUCAGCAAUGGUUGUGAUUUUAAAUUAAAGUGUGUAUACUCAGGAGACUUAGCAAACAUUGCCGUCUACCGCAACAACAUGAUAUUUAAAAAUUACAACAUAACACUGGAUGAAAAAGAAGGAAUUCUUGAGUUAGUGUUUGGGCAGGUGACAGAAAACAGUGAGGGAAGAUACAAAGUGACAAUUGAAAAUCAAGACUUUUUUGACGAGUUUGGAUUCCAGCUGAACGUCAAUAACAAGUCUAAUAAUGUUGAAUGUAACGGAGGCACGUCCAUGAACAUUCUAAAAUUCACGACUAUACCCAAUCCAGUCCAAAACAUCAGUAAUGGUUGUGAUUUUAAAUUAAAGUGUGUAUACUCAGGAGAUUUAGCAAACAUUGCCGUCUAUUACAACAACAUGAUGAUUGAAAAUUACAUCAAAACACUGGAUGAAAAAGAAGGAAUUCUUGAGUUAGUGUUUGGGCAGGUGACAGAAAACAGUGAGGGAAGAUACAAAGUGACAAUUGAAAAUCAAGACUUUUUUGACGAUUUUAAAUUUCAGCUAAAUAUCAAUGACGAGCCUAAUAACGAUCCGAACUUUAAGAUUAUGUGUUCAACACCCAACGAAAAUAAAACAGGAUUCAGCCCAGGAAAUAUCUCUAUCCCCGGAGAGCAUUACACUAACUCAGGAGCAGAUAAAACUAUAGCUUAUAUUCUUAUUAUUAUUAUUAUUAUAGGCCUAUCCUUUGCUGUUGCCAUCAUCAUGUGUGUAUUCCUAAUUCGCAAAAAAAAAAAAAAAAAACUUGGAAAAGAAAAUUCUUCUGGUGAACAGUCAGAAAUACCUGAUCAAGAUCCAAAAUCAGGUGAACUUCGAUCUUGUUUAGAAACACCUGAACAAGAUCCAAAAUUAGAUGAACCUGGAUCUUGUUCAGAAACACCUGAACAAGAUCCAAACUCAUUUGAACUUGGAUCUUGUUCAGAAACACCUGAACAAGAUCCAAAAUCAGUGAACUUGGAUCUUCAGAAACACCUGAACAAGAUCCAAAACCAGAUGAACUUAGAUUUUGUUUAGAAACACCUGAACAAGAUCCAAAAUCAGUUGAACUUGGAUCUUGUUUAGAAACACCUGAAAAAGAUCCAAAAUCAGAUGAACUUGGAUCUUGUUCAGAAACACCUGAACAAGAUCCAAAAUUAGAUGAACUUGGAUCUUGUUUAGAAACACCUGAACAAGAUCCAAAAUCAGAUGAACCUGGAUCUUCAGAAACACCUGAACAAGAUAAAAAAUCUGAUGAACUUGGAUCUUAUUCAGAUCUAUUUUCGGAGAGCGCCACUAACGUCGGUUGAUGUCGAGAAACUAAACUGGUUUGGGUUCAUGAAUUUUAGAAUCUUCGUUGAUGUGCUUCCGUUAAAGACAUCGUUAGAUCAUAGAGCAAAUCUAUUUAGGCCAAUACACAAAGUGUUAAUGUCAGGCCAAUGUUGAGAAGUCAAUGUCAGAUACGAUACGAUACAGUGGCAAGUACGUGAUAAUAGCUUACACCACCAGGGUAAGAGGGCGCAUGCCUUUGAUCCGAAGGGUCUUUGGUCCGAAGGCCCGUUAGUUCCUAAUUUUAGUUGGGUGAGUACUGUACCUUUGGUCCGAAGGCCCAUUGGUCCGAAUGUACCUAAUUUUAGUGACCUGGUUUUCCAAAAAUAAUUGUUAUGAUUUAUUGAAACCGUUUGUUAUGUCAGCUGGGCUCUUGGUCGCCUUCUAAUUUAGGGACGUUCUUGACCGCAGAAUGCGUUCCUGAUCUGCUUCCUUGAGUGAUUCUUUAUUUUUAUAUUUAUAUAUUAUGUAAUUUUUGUCUUAUGUGAUCUAUGCUUUUGUUGUUGGCUUUAAAGAAUACUUUCAUAUUUAUACAUAUACAUAU